GCACAACCGUGGAAGAAGUAGGAGGGAUCUGAGCGUCAAUACACCGCCCCAGCUGAAACCAACAGUUUGCGAUUUCUUGCAAGUGCAAAGGGCACCCGCACUGCGAACUAACCUUGGACAAGCUGGAUACAGUCAUGAUAUCGGGGCUUUUAAGUGCCAUCAAAUGUAAUGGUCAAACUAUACUAUACUAAACCUCACUCAAUGAAAUUAUGUGAUCGUUACGUGAUUACCCAUGAGUUGAAGUAUUCUGAGUUUUGGGACCACGAAUUAUCCUUUCUCGUUUGCCUCUAACAGAAAUUCUUGGCAUUUAUCACUUAAAUUACGUGACGGGAACAUAACUCUAAGAUGGAUCCAGGUCUCACUGAUGUUCAUCAAACAGAUGACAGGAAACCAGAGGAAUCGACAGGUCCUCGUCCAAGGAUGUCAAGACAACAGAUCCUCACACUAAUAUCUAUGGCGUCUGUAAACUUCAGCUCAAUGAUUUGCUAUUCCAUUUUAGGACCAUUUUUCCCGAACGAGGCAGUAAAGAAAGGAGUGAACCAGACCACCAUUGGGCUGAUAUUUGGGUGUUAUGCUGUAUGCAAUCUGAUUGGUGCCUUGGUUCUGGGUAAAUAUAUUGUCCAGAUAGGGGCGAAGUUCAUGCUUAUUGCAGGCUUAUUUGUCUCUUCAGGAUGCACAAUUCUUUUUGGGUUGCUGGACAGAGUUCCCGAAGGAACACCUUUCAUCGUGCUCUGUUUCAUCACACGCUCAGUCGACGCUGUGGGAUUCGCUGCAGCCAUGACCUCCUCCUUCGCAGUUUCAGCAAAAGUUUUCCCAAACAAUAUAGCGACUGUUUUGGGGAGCUUGGAGAUCUUUACAGGGUUGGGUCUCAUUUUGGGGCCGCCUCUCGGGGGUUGGUUGUACCAGUCAUUUGGAUAUGAGGUUCCCUUUAUGACGCUGGGCUGCUUCCUGUUUCUGAUGGUCCCCUUCAAUAUCUAUAUACUACCACACUUUGAUGCUGAUCCGACUAAGGAUUCCUUCUUCCGGCUGUUUACUCAUCUGAAGAUUGUGCUGAUCUGCUUCAUCAUAUUCACCCUCAGCUCUGGGCUGGGCUUUCUGGACGCCACCCUGUCCUUGUAUGCCAUUGACAAGUUUAAUCUCUCCCCAGGUUUUGUAGGACUCCUCCUUUUAGGCUUGUCGUUACCCUACUGUGUUGCAUCGCCUAUCCUGGGCAUUAUUAGUGACAAGUUUCCUUCGACCAGGUGUUGGUUCAUGGUGGUUGGAGGAUUCACCACAGCGCUGGCUUUCUGCUUCCUGGGCCCUCUCCCACUAUUACACAUUCAAAGUCAGCUUUGGCUGUUGGUGUUCAUGCUAGGCGUCAUUGGAUUCUCCCUGGGCAUGACAGCCAUCCCGACCUACCCAGAGAUACUUCUCUGUGCACUUGAAAAUGGAUUUGAGGAGGGGCUUGGUACGCUUGGACUGGUGUCAGGAUUGUUUGGAGCUGUUUGGUCCAUCGGGAUGUUUUGUGGUCCAACACUCGGUGGCUUUCUCACGCAACAUCUGGGUUUUGAGUUGGCUGCAGCUAUCCAGGGAGGACUGGCGUUUCUGGCGGCCUCCCUUCUUGGCUUGUACUAUCUCUUUCGAAGAAUCUUCUAUCUGAGGGUUUCACAUGAGAGUAGGUUUGAAGCCACCAAUGAAAGGACUCCUCUUCUCAACACUGAUAUCUGACCAGUGGCUGUCUGAACUAGACACACCAGAACUCCAUCGGGGUUCUGCAUGGAACGUUGUCUUGCCAAGCGAAGCAAAACUCUCAGAUUUUAUAUGUGUAUAAGUUUUUGAUGUGUAUAUGACAUUUUUGUAGCAGCUGAAUGUAAUGUCUUUAUUCAUGGGAGAUGAACAUUGUGUCAUUAAUGACUAAUAAGGGUUGUGUUUUUGUGAUCUGAAAUGUAUAUCAUUUGAAUUGAACUGGAGAACCAAACUGUCUGACAUUUAAAACCCCUCAAUCUGGUAUAACCACACAGGGUGGAAUGAAUAGCAAAGGGCUUGGGUAACAGGUUGCAAUGUAAACAUGUGUGCUGUGAUUGUGCAGCCCAGUGUGUUAACGCCAGGCCACUCCACACCCCGUGACUAGGAUUGCUCCUGGCUGAGCCGUGUGCGGCAGCUCCUGGCUGCUGAUCCUCAUCAGCGCGGGGGAGACGGAAUGACCAGUUUAGUUACUUCAUGAGUUGGCUUGAUUCAUGGUCAUUGUCCAUGGAGCACAUUGGUAUCAGCCUAAGUAUUGUGAUGUAAUUGUUAUGAAUCAAAAUGGCAAAAUGAAGGUUCCCAUGGUAUUUGAAGAUUCAUUAUGCCAAAUUCUGACACUUCUACUAGACAACAAAUCUAAGAAGGAAAUGUCUUUAGAGUGCCAAGAAAUGUAUUGAACAUGGUUACAAAAUAUACUACCCAGAUGCAGUACUCCAGUAAUCCACAUUUGAUUAAGACAAAAAUGGGAUACAAAUAGACAACAAAACCCACUUGGCAACUAUUAUUAAAUGCUCCAUGCUACUGCAAAAGGGUUACAAACUUUCUUAAUCUAAGAAUCCUAAGAAAAUAGCUCUGUAGCAUUACAUAAAUGUCUGGUUAAAAAACACUGCUUAUGAGAAUUUUAGAUAUGUUCACCGCAAUAAAUACAAACAUACAUGUAUCAAAACAUUAAAAAAGAAAACUGUCUACUAUCUUUGUGCACUCCUGGUGCACAAAGAGAAUCUGUUCUGU